AUGAAUGCCAAAGUGCUAUCAAUUCACUUGGUUGACCUCUUAUUUACAUCUGGAUUUGACUGCAUCCAGUUAGAGAUACCUGUGGAUGCAAAGUGGCUACUGACUAACCGAGGGAUGUUGAGUCAUGAAGAAUGCUUGGAUCAUAGUCUGCACCACCCAGAACUGUUUGACAAGCUGGCACUCGAUUGGGAUAAACCACUGUCAUUUGCCAUCUUGACCCAGCAAUUUAGCCUGAUUAUCAGUGCACAUGGCAUGAAUGAUGCCUACAAGAAGCUCAGAGUCAUAAUAAAGGAGCUUAGUCAAAGGAUGCUCUCAGAGAAAGAUCUUAUGACUUUGAAGGGGAUCACUGAUAAUCAUGCAUGGAUUCCAAUAAACUCUCAUUAUAUUACUACCACCAGUCAUGCAGUUUUCUUCCUUCUGCUUCCCUUAGCAGGAUUUCAUAAAGUCUCUCUGGCUUUAGCAGACCAUCCUGAAAUCCAUGAGUUUCUGCUCAAGAUGAGAUAUACAGAGAGGUCUUCGAUUGAUAUUCUUGUAUCCAAGCUCAAUAAUCUGCACAAAUAUUUAGCUAGCCCAGACAAAACACAGAUGACUCUUUUGAUACUGAAAGCUCUUCCACUCAGUCUGACUAAAGAGGAAUGUUCAAAGAUUCUCAUUCCUGACAUGUUUGGACAACUUUAUCCUGCUAGUGAGAUGUACUUCAACAACAUAGACAGCAAAGCACCUCCAUAUAAGCAAACUGAGUUUCAAAUUCCUUCACUUGAAGAAACUGGCUAUUGA